CCAUCUGCAGCUGAAAAAAGUGUAUCACCCUACAAAUUUAUUAGGGCAUUAAACGCAGUUUUUCCUCGUCAUCCGUUAAAGUGUCAUAUAUAAGUCUAACAAAAUUGUACAACUGCUAUUCCUCAAGAAAAGAAGACAUGUUUGUUGCACACUUUUACAGCAACAACUUCUCCGCUCUUCGUCGGACACUCCACAGCUUCCGGUAACAGCGAGAGCGGGUGUGAAUGUAGUGGGGCUUUUAUGACUGUAUAGUGUGGAUUUAGCCUCGAUCUGCUUGUUCAGCGAGUGUCUGCAGUGAUCAGGAGUGUGUAUUCCAGCGACAGAAGAAGAGCAAUGGGCUUCCGCAAGAAGAACAAGAGUCCGCCCGUGCUGAGCCAUGAGUUUGUCAUCCAGAAUCACGCGGAUAUGGUGUCGUGUGUGGCCAUGGUCGUCCUGCUGGGACUCAUGUUCGAGGUGACAGCAAAGUUCGCCAUCAUGUUCAUCACAGUCCAGUAUAACGUCACGCAGAGCCUGGAACCAGAUGCAGAGGACAAGCCUGAGCCGAUGAACCUCUACAGGUACGGCCCGCGGGACAUCGCCACGGUGUUCUUCUACCUGCUCAUCGCCGUCAUCCUGCAUGCCCUGAUCCAGGAGUACGUCCUUGAUAAAAUCAAUCGCCGGCUACACCUGUCCAAGACCAAACACAGCAAGUUCAACGAGUCGGGACAGCUGGCCUCCUUCUACCUGUUCUCCUUCAUCUGGGGCGUCAGCAUCCUCACCAAUGAGGAAUUUGUGACCAAUCCAACCUUUCUUUGGGAAGGCUAUCCUCAUAUCCACAUGGCUUUCCAGGUGAAGUUCUUUUACAUCUGCCAGAUCGCCUACUGGCUGCACGCUCUUCCUGAACUGUAUUUCCAGAAAGUGCGGAAGGAAGAUAUUCCACGUCAGCUCUACUAUAUUUGCCUUUAUAUAUUCCACAUCACUGGUGCCUAUGUCCUCAAUCUCCACCGUUUAGGUCUGGUCCUCCUGGUGCCGCAUUACCUGGUAGAGCUGCUGUUUCACGCCUCACGCCUCUUCUACUUCAGUGAUGAAAACAAGCAGAAAGGGUUCACACUGUGGGCUCUGCUGUUUGUCAUCACCCGCCUCCUGACACUCACUGUUUCUGUUUUGACGUUCGGAUUCGGCCUGUCCCGCACCGAUAACCAGGGGUUUUCCUUAGCGGAUGGAAACUUCAAUGUGCUCACUGUCAGGAUGACCUGUCUCUCGGCCAUCUGCCUGACCCAGGCCUGGGUGAUGUGGAAAUUCAUAAACUUCCAGCUAAAGAAGUGGAGAGAACAAUCUCAAAUCCAGGCCAGUAAGAAGAAAGCUCUCAGCCCGAAAAGCAGACCCAGCAAGAAGGACUCCAGAGGGGGUUCAGUGAACGGAGUCAUGAAGCCGGACGACAAGACGUCGCCCAGAGCCAGAAAAGCUAAAGCCUCGUAAGAGGGAAGAGACCCGAAGUGUGAUGCUCGGUUUCCACUCUGAACUUAAGUAAAGAAACAGAUCGAUAACUGCGAAACGAACCACAAACUAAGGAACUAAGUUGUACGGCAUGGUUCAGGUGUAAUUUUUCAUUUUCAAAAAGAACUAUAGAUUUAUAAGCAUUCGUUAUAUCCAUUUGCUCGUGACUUCUGGUAAGAGUGUGAGGUUUUCUGAAUGGUUUGUGCUGGACAUGAAGAGAGAUGUUGCAGUUGCCUGAUCCGCGGGCAUCCUCAACUUCGACUCGAGUGUCUGCACAAUGCAAAUAUCUCUGUGUGUCUUGCUGAGAAGUUAAUCUGGCCCUGAGCUUAAUACAAUUAACCCCUAUUGGCCAUCAUCUCUGUGCUUCUCAUGAAACACCCCGUGUGGAUAGAAGCAUUGAGUCCCGGUUGUUGACCACGAUCCCCUCCGUGCUUACGCUACGAUGAAGCUCAGUCUGAGGUGGCGAAGGACUGGUCACCUGACACACAACACAUCGGUUUCAUGUAGCUUUUAAAUGACCUUUGCUGUGUAAUUUUACAUUUAAACACUGGAAGCAGGAACCACUGAUUUUAGGCUCCGGUUUCAGUGUUUUACUGAGUGUGAAUGUCGUUUAAGGCGAAUCUUUUUGUGAUUGUUAGUAACCGUUCUGGGGGUGUUUGUGUGUGUUCGUGGACAGUUGUUGAGGUGGUUGAUGACGGCUCCCCCUGCAGGCUUGGAUGAUUCAUUGAUUUAAGGGUUGUAAUGCCUUUUUUUCUUUUUUGCAUUUUGCAUCAGCGCAUGAUUUACCUCUUGUCCAUGAUACUGCCAAAUGUUCGGUCAUCAUCAUCAUGAAAAAAUCAUCUAGUUCGUCACGACUGUUUCCCGAAACCGUAUUGUCACAAAGUUGUCGUUCAACCACGUUGGUUAAUGACGUGUUGGAGUAAUAACUACUUUUAACAGAUCUGUUGAGAUCGAAUUAAUGCUAGAUGUUUUGAUAUAAAUUACAGACAUCUGAGGACUAUUUCCAAUCAUUCUCAGUUAUUUCGCUUAAUUUCCAGAUUAAAUCAUAGACUCUUUCUUACACACUAGAGCACGUUCACACAUG